AUGAUUCUUCAGUAUCCGUCAAGAACCGAUCCCAUUAUACCUCUGGAUUUAUUUCCAUCUCCACAAGAACCACUGUCCCUUUCAGAUGAGGGGCUGACUCUGACCGGCAGAUAUGGCACUGGAAAUUUCUUCUCUGGAACUGAAACUGGAGACGAACUGAACACGUUUGAGCCCAGUGUGGAUGACAAUUCAUUCGAGGAUCUCCAUUCCAAACCAAGAUUUAGUGAAUUUUCUAUUGCAGGUUAUGACGACAACGGAUAUGCCUCUCGUACCAAUAACACUAUGGAUCCGGAUAAUGCAUAUUGUAUUAGCUAUGCGCCAAAGCCAAUGGAAGCCAAUGUGUCUCACCCACCGCAAACCCUAUUAUUUGGAUCAAAUUUUGCCGAGCCUAUCGUUGAUGACCAUCGCAGCAACAGCUACACCUCUAGCAUCGUGGGUGGUACAGGUCUGGAGCACACAUCCCCUGUGUAUCCGCCUUUCUCUCCUAGGUAUUCGACCCGCAAUAUAGCAAUUCUUGAAUACAAUUCAGAGUAUGAGCAGCAGAAACACACUCUACUCCCCGUACACCUUGAAGGGACACAUUCGCGUAGACGGCAUGAUCGUAGUCUGUCAGUCGAUGGCAUACAUUACGAAGAAAGGGGGAAACCAAUAACAUUCAAGCCGGGAGAGAUCCCAAUAAACGGGAUACUCCCUAAUGUGACGCCGAGGUCUUCCCCAACGCACACUCGAAAGCCCAUGAGAAUGGAUGCAGGUACAACGGCCAAUGGAAGAACCAACAGGGGUGUGGCAAGAGGCUGUAAUACGAGGUCUACUAAAUCCCAAAAGACGCCGGGAAAGAACCGCACGGCGUCCAAGGAGGUAUGUGUGUGCCAGAAGCGCGGUGUCGAUGGCAAACGCGAGCCGGUGAAGACAUACACGGGGCCUACGAAGAGUCCGGGACAAGGUCAUCGCUCUGACCUGGCAAAUAACUCAGCAAAGAAGUGUGAGCUGUGCCAUAGAGAAGAGGUUCUUCUGGAAGAGAGAUGGAGGAGCAACAGCACUUUUAUUGGAGAGUAG